AUGCCGGCGGAUCAGGGUUGCUACACCCUCAUCACCGAUGAUGAUGCCGACCUCAACUUCUCCGAGCAAGAGCUUCGCAAGCAACUCGAAUCGAGCCGCGUGGAGGACAAGGUUGAAGCACUCAAGGUUGCCAUUCAGCUUUUGCUCAAUGGCGAAAAGCUUCCCUCCCUGCUCGUCCCGGUUAUCCGCUAUGUCAUGCCGUGCGAUGAUCACACAGUUAAGAAACUUCUCCUCAUCUUUUGGGAAGUGGUGCCCAAGUAUGGCAGCGAUGGCAAGCUGCUCCACGAAAUGAUCCUCGUGUGCGAUGCGUAUCGCAAGGACCUCAUGCACCCCAACGAGUACGUGCGUGGCUCAACGCUGCGCUUUCUCUGCAAGCUCAAGGAACCCGAGCUUCUCGAACCCCUCAUGCCCACCAUCCAAGAGUGCCUGACCAACCGCCACGCAUACGUUCGCCGCAACGCCGUCCUGGCCAUCUACACCAUUUACAAAAAUUACGACCACCUCAUUCCCGACGCCCCCGAGCUGAUCCACCGUUACCUCGAGCAGGAAGAGAACCCCUCGUGCAAGCGCAAUGCUUUUAUGAUGUUGAUCACGGCUGAUCAGAGCCGCGCCCUCGAGUACCUGAGCUCGUGCAUCGACUCUGUGCAGACUUUCAAUGAGAUUUUGCAGCUCGUCAUUGUCGAGCUUGUUCACAAAGUGUGCCGGACCGAGCCGCGCCAGCGCAGCCGCUUCAUCCGCUGCAUCUACAACCUGCUCAAUUCCGAGUCGGCCGCCGUCCGUUAUGACGCUGCCGGUGCCCUCUUGACCCUGUCUUCGGCCCCGACAGCCGUCACCGCCGCCGCCAAGGCCUACAUUGAGCUCAUCGUGAAGGAGGCUGACAAUAACGUCAAGCUCAUUGUUCUUGACCGACUCAUCGCCCUCAAGUCCACUCCCUCCAACGAGCGCGUGCUACAGGACAUGAUUAUGGACAUUCUGCGCGUCCUGGCCGCCCCCGAUCUUCAUGUCCGCAAGAAAACGCUGGCCCUUGUCCUUGACCUCGUCGCCUCCCGCAACGUCUCUGAGGUCGUUGGCUUUAUCAAGAAGGAGCUCGCGCGCGCUACCUCGCACGACAAUUAUGAAAAGGCCGGUGAAUAUCGCCAGCAAUUGGUCCGCACGCUGCACACGCUGGGCGUGCGCUUCCCCGAGGCGGCACACGACAUUGUGCCCCAGCUCAUGGAGGCUCUGACCGACGAUACGGCUCAGGGCGCCGCCUCAGCCGAAGACGUGGCCCUGUUUGUCCGCGAGGCCUUUGAGCGCCUGCCCGGUCUGCACAGCGAUAUGAUGAACAAGCUCAUCUCCACGUUUACUGACAUCAAGUCGCCUCGUGUCAUCCGCUCCAUCCUCUGGAUCAUUGGCGAGUACGCCACCAAGCAGUCGACGAUCGAGGACGCCUUUCGCUGCAUUUUUUCGGCCAUUGGUACCCUGCCCAUUGUCGACUCGGAGCUCAAGGCCGCCGCUGAGGCUGAGGCUGAGGAGGAGGCCGACGGAGGUGCGCCCAAGGUCGUCACACGCACUCGCAUCACUGCCGAUGGCACGUACGCCACCGAGUCGGUGUACACCUCCACCAACAAGAAGCGUGAGGAGCGCCCGGCGCUGCGUCAAGCCAUGAUGGACGGCGACUUUUUCGUGGCCUCGGCCGUUGCGGCUGCUCUGACCAAGCUGGCUUUGCGCCAUUCGCGCCUGGACAAUGUCCCCGUUAGCGAGCGCCACCAGGUCAAGGCUCGCGCCAUGUUUGCCAUGGCCAGCAUGCUGCACCUUGGUAAAUCUGGCCUCGCCGCGGAGAACAUGACCCCAGAUGCCCGUGAUCGUAUCAUGGCUUGCCUGCGCGUGUUGGCUAGCCCCUCAGCUGCACUCGAGGCCUCCUUUUUGGAGCAGUGCCACGCCGCCUUUUCCAAAAUGCUCGAGGCCACGUCGACCACGACGGGCCCAAAGAAGGAGGAAAAGCGGGAAAUUCAGUCCCACGUGGAUGAGGGCAUCAGCUUUUUGGCACUGCGCACGGGUAACCAAGACGAGACGUCGAUGGAUGACGUCGAGAUGAGCAUCUCCAAAGCCACGGGGGCUGGCGAGAAGGCCAAGGCUGGCUCCAAGCUCAACAAGGUCUACCAGCUCUCGGGCUUCUCCGACCCCGUGUAUGUGGAGGCCUACGUCAACGUGAACCAGUACGACAUCCUGCUUGAUGUGCUGGUGGUGAACCAGACACCGGACACACUUCAAAACCUGUCCUUGGAGCUGGCCACGCUCGGCGAUCUCAAGCUGACAGAGAAGCCGCAGUCGCACACUUUGGGUGCUUACGACUUUUGCAACAUUCGUGCCAAUGUCAAGGUGUCAUCCACGGAGACGGGCAUCAUCUUUGGUAACAUUGUGUACGAUGUAUCGGGCGCUACUUCGGACCGCAACUGCGUCAUUCUGAACGACAUUCACAUUGACAUUUUGGACUACAUCAAGGCCGCACAGUGCACAGACGUUGAGUUUCGCAACAUGUGGGCCGAGUUUGAGUGGGAGAACAAGGUGGCCGUGCGCACAACCAUCCCCACGCUCCGAGGUUAUCUGGAACAUGUGCAAAAGACCACCAACAUGCGGUGCCUCACACCGGCAUCGGCAUUGGCGGGCGAGUGCGACUUUCUUGCGGCGAACCUCUACGCCCGCAGCGUCUUUGGUGAAGACGCGCUGGCCAACCUCAGCAUAGAGAAGUUGCCCGACGGCACGGUGACCGGCCACAUUCGCAUUCGCAGCAAGACCCAAGGCAUUGCCCUCUCGUUGGGCGACAAGAUCACGCUCAACCAGAAGGAGCAGAGCUAAAUGAUCCUUCAAUGACGCAAAGUUCAUCUUUCUCUGCCUCACUUGUCACUUGUUUUUCUUUGAGGCAGGUGGUCUCGGGUCUCUGUCCCAACGGUCAGAUGUGUCGCAUUUCCUCUUCUUUUUUUUGUUGUAUGUGUGCGUGUGUGCGUGUGUGCGUGUGUGCGUGUGCGUGUGCGUGACAGACUGCGUCUUGAACAGCUGGCCUUGGAGCCAGACCUGCGUGUAUGAUGUGUAGGGUGUGUGCACGCGCUCUGUACCCGGACCAGCUCCUUUCUCAUCUUUACUGCCGACAUAAAUUUUCUCCUUGUUCAUCUCGUGGGAAAUUCAGAUUUGAUCUCC